UCUCGUGCGUGCGUGCGAGUGCGUGCUCGUGUCAGGCGCUGCAGUCCAGGCUCCCUUCUACAAAUGCAAUACACACAAGAACCUUGUUUUUAAUCCAGAAUUCCAAAACAAUUUAUGACAACUUGGUAACUUUUUUUUUUCCUGCGGCAUACCUUUUGCUUUUCUUCUCUUUUUUUCCAUUUCCUGCGCUCCGCAAUGUCUUUGGGACGUGUCGGCUUCUCGGUACGGGACAUUCUGGACCUGCCAGACUCUGCUGCGGGGACUUGCUGCGGUUCCGGUGCCGAGGACCCGGAAGAAGACGAGGCCAACGUCGAGGCCGCGCCCGAGGGGAACCCCACAGGGAAUCACCUCGACCUGUCACUGCACGCGCUACCAGGAGCGUCAUCGGACGCGGCGCGCGACCCCGGCGAGCGCGUCUGCGGCGGCGGCAAGAAGCGUCGCGUCCUGUUCUCCAAAGCGCAAACGUUGGAACUGGAGCGUCGCUUCCGGCAACAACGUUACCUGUCGGCGCCCGAAAGGGAGCACCUAGCCCGGCGCAUCCGGCUCACCCCCAACCAGGUGAAGAUCUGGUUCCAGAACCACCGCUACAAGAUGAAGCGCGCGCGCGCCGAGCGCAGCCUGGAGGCGCUGCGGUUGCUGCGGGCGCAGGCGCAGCAGGGGUUCGCGGUCCCGGCGGUUGUGCUGCGCGACGCAAAGCCGAGCGAGCGGCCCAAGGGAAUUGCCGACCUGCGGCUGGCCUUUCCGCUCUGCGCCUACGCGCACGUCCCCCAAAGGGCCCUCGCGCGGCUCACCUGCUGGAACGCCAACUGGACCUGAGGCGCCUGCGUGCGCAUGCACGACACUUGAUCCGGGAGUUGAAGGACCCUUUUGGAAUGUUGGUCUUUGCGUAUUUUUUGAAUGGUGAUAAAAAAUAUCUCGUCGACCUGACUGUUCGUGUUUUAUAAAUUAUUUGUCAUAUUUAAUGUUGCGCAACGUUUUGUACUUUUUAUGCAUUUCUAAAAUUAACUUCGGUUCGAUGUCGCUGAAAAGAAGACAAUCGUUUGGCUGCUGACUUGGUGUUUAAUCCACCACGUUAUUUUAACUCA